AUGGACGAAGAUGCAGACCUUGGCGGUGCCGGUGGCGGAGCAGGUGACGAGGACGAGUCCACUGCAUCAGGCCCCACCACCCGAAGAAUCGGACGCCAACAGCAACACAUCACCAUUGACCAGAUCCCCACUGUCACCGACGAGGUCGGCGACAAAGUCCGAGAAGGCUUUGCAGACUUUUUGGAGAAUUUUGCCGAGGAGCCCAUCUCUGGAUCUCAAGACCCUGACGGCGACCGAGCCGGCGCACCCAUCUACAUUGAGCAGAUUCGCGCACUACAAGAGUACGACAAAACUACCCUUUUCGUCGACUUUACUCAUGUCGUACAGCACGAGGAGGUCCUCGCGCGAGCAAUCAGCGAGCAAUACUACAGAUUCCUGCCCUACUUGCGCCGUGCUGUCCUGGAUCUCGUGAGCACCUACAUCCCCAACUAUCUCUACAUCAAUGCACAUGCAGCAACAACUGCAUCAUCGGGGCUUGUCCUGCGCGACUUCAAUAUCGCCUUCUACAAUCUUGGCCUGGUCUCGGGUAUCCGUGAGUUACGCACAGAGAAGGUUGGCCGGCUGUUGUCCAUUAGCGGCACUGUCACGCGUACAUCUGAAGUGCGCCCUGAGCUUCUGUUCGGCGCCUUUACGUGCGGCGAGUGCAAAAAUGUACAGCGGGAUGUCGAGCAGCAGUUCAAGUACACAGAACCGGUCAUGUGCAAGGCGCCUGGCUGUCAGAAUCGCCGCGAAUGGCAGCUCAAUGUCGAGCAGAGUAGAUUUUGCGACUGGCAGAAGGUGCGCAUUCAGGAGAACGCCAACGAAAUCCCAACUGGAAGCAUGCCUAGAAGUAUCGACGUCAUUUUGCGCUCAGAGGUCGUAGAGCGAGCCAAGGCAGGAGACAAGUGCAUUUUCACCGGAACAUUCAUUGUCCUUCCCGACGUCUCUCAGCUCGGAAUCCCAGGCAUGAAUGCUCAGAUCCAGCGCGAGAGCAACGGCGGUGGCAGACAAGUCGAUGGUGUCCCCGGCUCAGGUGUUUCCGGGCUCAAGUCCUUGGGUGUACGCGACUUGACGUACCGAACCGCUUUCCUCGCCUGCAUGGUGCAAAGCGCAGACGCGCGCGGGAACAGCGACAUUCGCGGCGGAGGUGAAGCGGAGGAGACCACCAGCGCUUUCCUCGAUUCGCUCACCGAGGCCGAGAGGGAGGAGCUUGAGGCGAUGGUCAGCAAUGAGAAUAUCUAUUCGCGUUUGGUCCAGAGCAUUGCCCCAACAGUAUACGGCCAUGAAAUCAUCAAGAAGGGUAUCUUGCUCCAGCUCAUGGGAGGUGUGCACAAGCAAACGCCAGAAGGCAUUCAUCUGAGAGGUGACCUGAACAUCUGCAUCGUCGGUGACCCCAGUACGAGCAAAUCACAGUUCCUCAAGUACGUUUGCGGCUUCUUACCGCGUGCGGUCUAUACUUCCGGUAAAGCCUCUUCUGCUGCCGGUCUUACAGCCGCAGUCGUCAAGGACGAGGAGACGGGAGACUACACAAUCGAGGCAGGAGCCCUGAUGCUCGCCGACAACGGCGUCUGCGCCAUCGACGAGUUCGAUAAGAUGGAUGUCAGCGACCAGGUUGCCAUUCAUGAAGCCAUGGAACAACAAACCAUCUCCAUCGCCAAAGCCGGUAUUCAAGCGACACUGAAUGCUCGAACCUCGAUCUUGGCUGCUGCCAACCCGGUCGGCGGACGGUACAACCGCAAGCAGACGCUGCGCGCCAACGUCGCCAUGAGUGCGCCCAUCAUGUCUCGUUUCGAUCUGUUUUUCGUCGUUCUGGACGAAUGCAACGAGGUGACCGACAUGAACAUUGCUCAGCACAUUAUCAACGUCCACCGGUUUCGAGAUGCAGCUAUCGCACCGGAAUUCAACACGGAGGCGAUCCAGCGGUAUAUCCGCUAUGCGCGCACCUUCCAGCCGAAACUCACGCCGUCCGCGAGCGACGUGUUGGUGGAGAAGUACCGCUACCUCCGUGAGGACGACGCUGGUGCUGGCAAGAACUCGUACCGCAUCACCGUCCGUCAGCUUGAGAGCAUGAUCCGUCUGUCAGAAGCAAUCGCGCGGGCAAAUUGCCGACCAGACAUAACCCCGGCGUGCGUACGAGAGGCGUACGGUUUGCUGCGACAGUCCAUCAUCCAUGUCGAGAAGGACGACGUCGACUUUGACGAUGAAGAUGAGGACGAGGAGCAAGUGGGCAACGAGAAUGGCCUCGUGGAUAUCAACAGGCGACAAAGCAGCGCUCUUCCCACCUCGUCUCUACACGGAGGCGAGUCGAUGGAGACAGACGAUCAAGAGGCUCGCGCCGGCACGGGAGCGCCCGAAGCGGGCCCUUCCACAGCACGUGUCCUGUCUACAGAUGCUGCCGCUAAUGCGAUCACUCCCAGCAAGACGAAGCUUCGCAUCACCUACGACCGAUACAUGGAGGUAGCAAAUCUCAUUAUGAUGCGCGUCGCCGAGAUCGAGCGCGAGCGCAUGCGCGGUAUCGACCGUGAGGAGUUGAUCCAAUGGUACUUGGAGCAGCGCGAGGAUGAGUUGCAAUCUCUCGAGGAGAUCGACCAGGAGAAGGAGCUCGUAGCCAAGGUUAUCAGCAAGCUCAUCAAAGACUUGUCGCUCAUCCAGAUUGAUGCGGAGGACACACAAGAAGAUAGCGGCAGCCCGGUCCAGGCGACCAUACCGAAUCAAGAAAGCCAAUCGGCCGGUCAAGCGGCGACCCCAACGCCGAGGAAAGUUAUCAUGCUGCACCCUCGCAUCGAUAUUGACUCUCUUGCGGAGGCGAGCUCGGCGUGA